UCUUCCUCCGACGGGACGGUGACGAUAAAUCUUCUAAGCGUAAAAGGGGUUAAGUGCGCGCGCACUCACUUCAUCUAUCUGCGCUAUGCACUGUAAGUAAUGCACGGAGCGCACAUUAUCGCUUUCGUUAACGAUUCGAGACUAUGCAGCGCGUGAGAUGCUCCGAGAUGGAUUUCGGAGCAGACUGAUGCAGGCCAGCAAAUUCUGGCAAACUAAAAUCAUGAGACGUUGUUUGUUAACCUCUAAAUUCAGGGGUUUAUGCAAUGUUUGCGUUUCGAACGAAAAAGGCCGUUACGUCUUUUGUUAUUGAUUGUUGUACUAGCGAACAAGUAAUGGUAUAUCAAAAAAGAAGAAAAUUCUCACUAGAUAAAUUGAUCAUUUUAAUCAGUUAACACUCUCGAUAGUACCGCAAUAAUAUAGCUCUCAAAAACUAAAAACGUACAUCGAAAACAAAUUCGAAGGACGAAGGCUCAAGUAAAAUUAAGCAUUUCGAAUCCUUGCAUUUCCAUCCCGUAAGUUACCAGACCUGCGUCGGCGGCCCUCUCUCUCUCUCUCUCUCCCUCCCUCAUCAGUCUCCCAUACACUAAAUAGCAUCAAAGCCGCUUGGCUUCGUACCUCACACAGUGCGUACAGUAUACGGAAAGAAGCGUGGAAGUACACCGAGCGCAGCAGCAGCAGCAGCAUCGGAAAUAGUGUGUGCUGAGUGCUCUCGUGUGCGAGUGUACCAUAGUUGCAGCUCUCGAUUCGAGAGAGAGAGAGAGAGAGAGAGAGAGAGAGAGAGAGAGAGAGAGAGAGAGACGAGAGGGAUAAAAAAGCCGCAAACAUUCCGCGCAAAAGCAGCAGCAACAUGAGGAAGAAGGACGUCACGGAAGAGGAAGAGUAUUCCGCGGACGAUCCCGAAGAAGACGCCAACUCCGGCGACGACUGGACGCCCGACCAAGAGGGUGGUGCUGUAGCCAAGAAAAGACCACAAAGAGCAUCAGCCAAAAAACGUCAUCACUCCGAAGAAGAGGAGGAGGAGGACGAGGAAGAAGACGAGGAGGAGGAGGAGGAAGACGAUGAAUCUGACUCUGACUCUGGAAGAAAAUCAUCAAAGCGAAAGCGACGAUCCAGGAAAGAGGAAGAAGAGGAAGAGGAGGAAGACGAUGAUUCAGAUGACAACAACUUUAAUGACAACUCUGGAAUCCCUCCAAAAGACUUUACUUCUGGAGCAUUCGUGGUCGCAAAGGCUGAUGUCAAAGGAGACAAGGAUCCAACGUUAUGGAGGAUAGAUGGCAAAGCCCUUCUGCAGAAAUACUUACCAUUUAAGGAAGAUGACAAAACACUGUACAAAAGCACGUCUACAUAUUCUGGCUGGUCAGUAAAUAACAAAGACAAAUACUUGGCUGCACAAGUAACAUUCAAGGUGCAGAGUAGGCAAGAAACCAUUGUAGAGCUUCAUCUUGACACUGAGCAGAGCAAAGAAGCUGUAGUACAGGAAGACAAGGAUGAAUAAGUGUAGCCUCUUACGUUUUUAUAUAACUUUAAGUUACAACCUCUGAUAAAACCAAACACAUAAGUACAAGUCAAAUAAUGUGCUAGUGUUCAAAAUAAGAUAUGCAUUUUCAAAUAGAUAAACUCACCGAAUUAAAAAAUUGUUUCUAAUAUAAUUCAUUACUCAACUAUUGUUUUAUAAAAGCAGUCUUUUAUAAUAAAAAACUUUGUGAAAUGUGGGUAACUUUGAAUGUACAAACGAUAUUUUCCAAUACAUUUGCACUAGUAAUUUCUAGGUAUUCAUUUAUUACUAUUACCGAUCUGAUGUUUUAGUAAUUAAUUGUAAUGAAUUACAAUUGUAGAAACAAUCGUUUAAAUAACAUUCAAUUUAAAUGUAAAAUCUUUUUAAUUUAAUCUACUUUUUUAUUUUUAUUGAAGAAAUGACUUUGAAUUUUGACUUGAUCAUAGUUUCAUUUAACGCAAGUUGAUGUGUAUAUCUAUCGAAUUCGUAAGAGUAUUAAAUUUGAUCGCGUGUGUGAGGAAUCAUGAAGUAACAUGGCAAAGAAGUAGAAUCAUCCUAAAGAAUGCAUUUUUGAGAAUUUACUUUUCUAGGAAUAAACGAGAUUAAACAGAUCUCUAAUAAAAUACAAACAGAUAAUCAACUCAAUAUUUUGUUUUUUUACCAAUUUUGUUCUGACAAAUUUUUCUAUAAAAAUUAAUGAAACAUGAUGUAAGACAAACUGUCGAAACCAAUUUGUGUUUAAAUAAUAACUUACAUACAAAACAAAA